AGUUUUUUCCCAUGUGGAGUUACAAAUUGUGCAUUUGAGCCGGCCUGCUUCAGUUUAGUUUAACUCUCCACAUUUAGUCUCGGACGUUGCAAAUUGUUCGCAAUUUAAAUUGCUAUCUUGACAAAUUGUACGUUUAACGUUUUACUCAACGCACAUAUCGUGGAAAUAAUUGGUCGCACUUGUCCCGCGUUUUUUUUGCUUUGACAGUUCGAACAGCCAACUAAAAUCGAAAUAGCAACACAGCUUUGGCAACGCGCAGCAGACAAAGGGGAACGGAAAAAAUACACGCACAAAACCUGCACAGCAAUCAUCAAAAGCUAAAACGAUUACGAAAAAUUUCCGCACAUCCCCGCCCGCAACCCUCCAACAUUUCAACUACAUCGACAUCUAGACGAAAUUGAAAGUAAAAAAGAGCGCAAAAAUGACUGCGGACAUAACGAGGCAAUUGAUUGUUAUUCUGGAAAAGACCGUUUCACCAGAUAAAAAUGAACUGCUAUCGGCAAAGAAUUACCUGGAACAGGCGGCCGGCAGCAAUCUUCCCGAGUUCCUCAAGGCGCUGGCAAAAAUUCUGGUCGAAACGACAAACAGCGCAGUGGCGCGCAUGGCUGCCGGUCUGCAGCUCAAGAAUCAUUUGAUGAGCAAGGAUGAGAAGAUCAAUCAGCAAUAUCAGGAGCGCUGGCAUCAGUUCCCCGAGGAAACCCGCGAGCUCAUCAAGAAUAAUAUCCUUGCCGCCUUGGGCACAGAAAAUACGCGACCCUCAUGCGCCGCACAAUGUGUCGCCUAUGUGGCGGUUAUCGAGUUGCCCAUCAAUCGCUGGAGCAUUCUCAUACAAACGCUGGUCAACAAGGUCGUCAACGAGGGUUCUAGCGAAAUGCAUCGCGAGGCUGCACUGGAAGCCAUUGGUUAUAUUUGCCAGGACAUACGCUAUGGUGUGUUGGAGAAUCAAUCCAAUCAGGUGCUCACGGCUAUUAUCCACGGCAUGCGAAAACAGGAGCCCAGCAAUCAUGUACGCUUAGCUGCUACGACAGCAUUGCACAAUUCUUUGGAGUUUACCAAAUCAAAUUUCGAGCGUGACAUGGAACGCAACUUCAUAAUGGAGGUGGUGUGCGAAGCGACACAGUGCACGGACACACAGAUAUGUGUGGCCGCUCUGCAAUGUCUGGUGAAGAUCAUGUCGCUAUAUUACUCGUACAUGGAGCCCUACAUGGCCCAAGCCUUGUUUCCCAUUACGCUGGAGGCAAUGAAGUCGGACAACGAUGCUGUCGCUCUACAGGGCAUUGAGUUCUGGUCGAAUGUCAACGAUGAAGAGAUUGAUCUGGCCAUCGAGAGUCAGGAGGCCACCGAUCAAGGGCGUGCUCCACAACGUGUAUCGAAACAUUAUUCACGCGGAGCUUUGCAGUAUUUAACGCCUGUACUCGUGGAGAAGUUGACCAAGCAAGAUGAGUGCGACGACGAGGACACAUGGAGUCCGGCGAAGGCUUCCUCGGUUUGCCUAAUGCUGUUGGCUACUUGUUGCGAGGAUGACAUUGUGCCACAUGUCUUGCCAUUCAUCAAAGAGAACAUUGAGUCGCCUAAUUGGCGUUAUCGUGAUGCAGCCGUCAUGACCUUUGGCUCGGUGCUCAACGGGCUGGAGAUCAAUACACUGAAACCACUGGUUGAGCAGGCGAUGCCAACGCUCAUUCGUCUGAUGUACGAUUCCAGCGUCAUUGUGCGCGACACCACGGCCUGGACCUUUGGACGCAUUUGCGAUAUCAUACCCGAGGCAGCCAUCAACAAGACCUAUUUGCAAACGUUGCUCGAAUGUUUUGUGAAGAGUUUGAAGUCGGAGCCGCGUGUGGCCGCCAAUGUUUGUUGGGCCUUCAUUGGUCUGUCGGAGGCAGCAUACGAAGCCGCAGCUGCCGUUGAUGGCGAGACACCAGAGACAUAUGCGCUGUCGCCAUACUUUGAAUUCAUUGUCACCCAACUGCUGGAGACUACAGAUCGCUCGGAUGGAGCUCAGGCCAAUUUGCGUGGCGCUGCCUAUGAGGCGCUUAUGGAUAUGAUAAAGAAUUCGCCGCUCGAUUGUUAUUUGAUUGUGCAGCGCACCACGAUUGUCAUUCUGGAGCGUCUUAAUCAAGUGAUGAUGAUGGAAUCGCACAUUACCAAUCACAGUGAUCGCCAUCAAUUCAAUGACUUGCAAUCCCUGCUCUGUGCCACACUCCAGAGUGUGUUGCGCAAGGUACGUGAGGCAGAUGCCCCGCAAAUUUCGGACGCCAUCAUGGCUGCACUGUUGACCAUGUUCAGCUCGAAUGCUGGCAAGUCGGGUGGUGUGCAGGAGGAUGCUUUUCUGGCGGUCUCCACGCUCGUUGAGCUGUUGGGCAUGCAGUUUGCCAAGUAUAUGCCUGCGUUCAAGGACUUCCUCAUCAUGGGACUGAAGAAUCACCAGGAGUAUCAAGUGUGCUGCGCCUCCGUGGGUCUCACUGGUGACAUUUGCCGCGCCCUCAAACAAAUGGUGGUGCCCUAUUGCGAUGAAAUUAUGUCUGUGCUAAUGAACGAUUUGGCUGAGCCCAAUUUGCAUCGCAGCGUCAAGCCGCAGAUCUUGUCGGCCUUUGGUGACAUGGCAUUGAGCAUAGGCAGCCCGUUUCUCAAGUAUUUGAAUGUCGUGCUGGAUAUGUUGCGCGCUGCAUCUAACUUGCAGGUUGAUGCUUCCACUUACGACAUGAGCGAGUAUAUUCAGGAGUUGCGCGAGAGCGUACUGGAGGCCUAUACCGGCAUCAUUCAGGGUCUCAAGGGCGUCGAUCAAACGCCCAAUGCGGAUGUGUUCCACAUGGAACCCCAUCUAGUGCCAAUUAUUGAAUUUAUUAAGCGCAUUGCACAAGAACGAGAAGUCUCCGAUUCGAUGAUGGCCAGCGCCGCUGGAUUCAUUGGUGAUUUGUGCACUUCGUUUGGACCACGUCUCUAUCCAUUGUUGGACGAUGCGGUUAUUACACAAUUCCUGGCCGAAGGCAAGCGGUCGAAGGGACCGCGCACUAAAAUGCUUUGCGCCUGGGCUGCCAAGGAAAUCAAGAAGAUUAACAGCCAGGUUAUUGCUCAGUAAAUUACACUAAAUUUCUAUUUUAUAUCCUCUCAGUUCUUUCCAAAAUCGUGUGAGUGUGUGUAUGAUGCCAAACUGUCCAGUCCGAAUUAAAAACAAGUUCUAUCUGCAUAAGUUUGUCCGAUUUAUAUUGUUGCUGUGCGACGCCCCACCUUCCCCACUUUAAGUUUAAGCCAAUUGUGUUGAUGAAUGAUUUCUAGUUUGUAAGCUUUGAUCGAAAUCGAUAUCGAAAUCCUGCUAUGAUUAUCAUAUUUAUAUUGUUAUAUUUUUGUCGGUUUAACGCGCGCUCUAAUUGUAAUUUCGAUAAUUCAAUCGAUUGAUAAUAUCAUUGAAAGAGCGUCGCAUCAUAAUAGUAACCAAUUCAACUAUCGUAAUUUCUAAGCAUUAUGACAUUUAAUAUUCAUCACUAUUCUUUAAGCAGCCUUCUAGCCCAAUUUGUUUCCAUUUAUGACACUCUUUAUAGAAUACCAAUAUUAAUUAUGAAAGCAAAAGCAAAAACAUUUGAGUUGAGCUCCCUAAAAAAAAUUAUAUCGUUAAUUUAAGCCCAAAUUCAAUAACUAAAUUAAAUACACAGCAAUAUUGGAUAAAACACUAUCUCCUACGGCUGCUACACACUUUAGAUUUUAAGUUAAAAAGCAAAAAUGUAAACCACAAAAAAAAAAAAAAAAUGAGGGGAUGCGAAAAUGAUGUGAAGAUAUCCCGAGUGUGAGUUUUUGUAUGUGCUCCAGAGUGUGCUUGUGAUUGUCCUUCUGGUUGUAUGUAUGUCUGAGUGUGAUAAUUAGAUAUAUAAAUAUGUAUAUGUGAAUAGUAUGUAUGUGAUACAAGUAUGUGUUUAAUGAAUCUAUGAAUCAUAUGUAAUAUGUAUGAAUGAUUGAAAACAAAAAAGAAAAGAAAAACAAAAACUGAGAGUAAUAGAUCUAAGUCUGAAAUUGAGCGACUGAUGCCUAUGUGUGUAUGUCGAUUAGAAACGAAUGAAAAUGAAUCGAAAGUCUUAAUAAAUCCCCAUUUAUAAACUGGAACACCACCCCUGUCUAUUUAUAGUGUGAUGGAAUAUGUUAUAUGGAUAGUGUCUGAAUGAUGAUUGAAGAAUGAAGAGAAUAUUCCUUAAAUGCAAUUUGUGGUGUGAUGUGUGAUACUACUAAACAUUCAACAUAUCAUAAAAUUCGUUUACGUUAUCAACAACUUUGACAAGGUUAAUUUGUCUAAACAAUAUUAUUAUUAUUGUACUCAACACAUUUAAAUUACCCAGAAUGGAUUAGGAUAAUGAAUGGAACUACGAAUGAUGAUGAUGAUAAUUAUUGGGGAUGAAGAUUUGUAUGUCUGUCGCUUUGAAUGACCGGAAUGAUGUCGUCAAUGUGUGAAACGCGAUUAUUGAGAGAUUGCAAAUCGCCAAUUAGGAACCUUGGAGAUUAUGGCUGUGGUAUGCGAACGUGUGUUUUGGAUGAGAGUGAAACUUGAUGGUGGAUGGAUGAUAUAUAUAUAGAUGAGACUUGUGCUUGUGUGAUGGAAUGAGAUAAGAGAGGAUGAUGACAAUUUGAUGUAUUAUUGUAAAUGUGUUGAGAAUGAUGGCAAAAGCAAAAAGUGUAAUCAAAUCGAACUCUUUGUAAAGCUUUUCCUGCACAAAUUUCUACAUUUUAUACAUGCAUAAAUUUUGUAAAUGAAAUAUGUUUGCAUAUACAAUACAACAAAAACUAUACAUACAUAGAGUAUAAUAGAGAGUGUGUGAGACUGUGACUGAGCGAUCAACUGUGUGUAUCAUUCCAGACCCCUAACAAAUUAAUAUUUAAAAAAAAAAAACAAGAAAACUAUAUGGUCGGUCUGAUUGCGUUUAUAAGAA